CAAAUAAAAUAAACCAGUUUUUUCCUAUUCUAAAUGCGCUUCGAAUGUGUCCACUUUCUAUAAAUAUUUACUUCAUUCCUUAAGCAAACAUCGAACCUCUACAAUUAAAUUAUUAUCCCUCUAUCUAGAAAAUGGCAAUCGCCAUUCUUCAAACGCAGGAAUACCUUACCCACAAUCGGUUUGGUUCGGAAACUAUAAUCUCCCCUCCCUUUAGAUCUCGCAGGAACCCUAACCCUCAAACGAUGCGUCCUAUACGGCGAAAGCGAAGUCCGGUGGGAUUUCAGGAGAACCGCCGAGAUCGUAGUCGGGACGAAGAUCAGACGGUGGUUGUGAAGUAUCCCGCCAAUAAUCUGGUCAUGGGACAGGUGAAGAUCUUGAAACGAGGCGAAGAGUUGAAGCUGGCGACGGAUCGGCGAUUCCGGGACGAAGAUUUUGUUUUGUCUUCGACGGAUCGGUUGGGGCCAGAGCCCGAGACGGUUCAGAAGCAAAUUAGGGCUUCGGAUUUAAAAGUGGUGGAUGGGCUGUGCUCUGGUUCGGCGUUGUUCUUAGAUUCUCCGCCGCCGAGUUCGGUACCGUUACCGGCCUUCUUCGCGAAGAAGGAGAAGAAGAUAGAUGUAGCUACGAGUGAUUUACGGCGAUUGUUGCGUCUUGAUCUGCUGUGAGUUUGUCUAUUUGAAUAUCAAAUCAGUGAUCUGCCGAUUAGCUGACCAGAAGAAGUUGAUUCGAAUUGGAUGGAGAUUGUUUAGUCCUCUGUUGGUUUAUUUGCUGUCUCUUAAUGUCCAUUCCUUUAUUUUUUUCAAGAGGAUGGUUAAGGGUGAGCAAACUAUGGUUGGAAGUGAACUAGUGUUUCUGAUCUAAUGCUUUCUGGAGUGACAAGGACAUUGUUGCUUGCCCACAAUAGUUAGUUUCAAAUGUAGUAAAAGAAGAAGAUUAGGUUUGUGUACAUUCUUGUAGUCUGUAAGUGUUGAUUUGGUCAAUGUGUGAUCAGCUGGAUGGGUGUUUCGUGCUCUUAGGGUGUCACUGUAGUCAUACGGAUUUUAGAUUUCUAAGUGUAUGCAGUUAAAGGUUAGACCUGAUAUUCGUCUCAGUUGUUGUUGAUUCCUAUUUCUAGAUGUAGCUUUUAAGUAUGAUGUAACCUUGAAGUUCACUUGAAUAAAAGUUUAGUUUAAUAGAAAAAAA